AGUUCAAGACCAAGAAUGUCUAUAAAUCCGUAUAUUGUUAUGGAUUCUGAUAGAGUUGAUAAAUUAAUGGUGGCGUUUAUCCAAGACAAAGCUCCAACCAUGGCUAUCCACGCCAAGGAGAGGAGCAAAGUUCAACGGCUUUACGACGCCUGCAGCACCAUAUUCUCCUCUGAGAAGAAAAGGUCUCCCAACCUCAAGCAGAUCAGAUGGCUGCAAGGAAUCCUUGACAACAUCGAACCGGUCGAUGUCGGAAUUGAUGGAUCCAGCGAUGGAAGAUCGGGGGUGGAUGAGUCGAGCACAGUGAAUCGAGAUGGGCUUAUCUUAGGACAAUCCUUGACGCAGAUUACGUAUGUGCACAUCCAUGAAUGCGAUGAUUUCUCGAUGGGAGUGUUCUGCUUCCCAGCUGGAGCGAAACUACCUCUGCAUGAUCACCCAGAGAUGGUGGUCCUUAGCAAACUAUUGUAUGGUUCAGCCUCGGUGAAGUCCUAUGACUGGUUUGUCACCCCAAGUUCAAGACGAGAGAAGGGUGGGCUAGCAAAAGUUGUAGCAAAUGACCAGGUCCUACAAGCACCAUGCAAGGCAUCAGUGUUGUUCCCAAGAAGUGGUGGAAACAUCCACUCCUUUACUGCCCUGACUCCUUGUGCUAUCUUGGAUGUUUUAGCACCACCUUAUGCUGAUGAGCAGGGAAGGCCAUCCACCUACUACUCUGAGACACCCAUCCCUUCUCUUCCUGGAUAUUCCCUACUUGAAAAAAGAGAUUUGCCUGAAGAUUUGGUCGUCGUUGGAGCUCCAUACCUCGGUCCUGAACUCAUUGUGGAUGCAGACUUUUAGUGUCUUGACUAACUCUCUGUGUCAUCUAGUUUGUACAUGUAUUUUUUUUCUCUCUCUUUGAGGAGUAUAAAUACAGAAAAGUUCAGAACUUAUCAUCGAAAAAAAAAAGAAGAAAAGUUCAGAACUUCAAUAUCUGAGUGUAGUUCCCUCCACUGUUUGGAGUUAAACUUUAUCAUGUUCGGCAGAAUGAUAGAUGCAUAUAAACUUCUUUCA